AUGGGUACUCGUGUUGACGUGGACGACAUGAUCGUUCGAUUGUUAAAUGUUGGAGUACCAGGUUGCGCUUUGGUUAACAAUGUGAAGGAAGCAGAACUUAUAACCCUAUGCCAGUCCGCAAGGCAAGUAUUUCUAAGCCAGGCAUCAUUGCUUGAAGUUCAAUCUCCUAUAAAAAUAUGCGGUGAUAUCCAUGGGCAAUAUGCAGAUGUAUUAAGACUUUUUGAUCGAGGUGGAUUUCCACCAAUGGUUAACUAUCUUUUCUUGGGAGACUAUGUAGAUCGUGGCCAUCAGAACCUCGAAUGUAUUGCGCUAUUUUUUUCUUACAAAAUCAAAUACCCCGGUAACUUUUUCAUCCUAAGAGGAAACCAUGAAUGCGCACCUAUUAACCGAGUGUAUGGAUUUUUCGAAGAAUGCAACAGACGUUACAAUAGUACACGACUAUGGCUCUGUUUUCAGGAAGCAUUCGCCGCUAUGCCGUUCACAGGGCUUGUUGCUGGGAAAAUUCUCUGCAUGCAUGGUGGACUGUCUCCCAAGCUGAAAUCACUGGACCAGCUUAGGCAAAUCACUCGUCCUAUUGAUCCCCCAAAUCCAUCGAUACAUAUCGAUCUCUUGUGGAGCGAUCCUGAUCAUUACGUCAAGGUAGUACAAGAUGGGUACGAGUUUUUCGCUAAUAAGCGCCUUGUUACCAUCUUUUCUGCACCUCACUACUGCGGACAGUUCGACAACGCUGCUGCAAUGAUGAAUGUCGAUGAAGGACUAGUUUGCUCGUUUCAGGUACGGAAACUUAUCCAAGAAAGACCUCCGACAUAG